AACCUGCUACAGAAAGGAGGAGUCACACGCGUUCUGUCAGCAGUUUAUCCUCCGAUGGCUUUCUGACCGGACUAUGGCACUGAUAUCAUUUCUGGUAAUAUUCCUUCAGGCCGGGGCUGUUUUUUCUGGCAGUCAUUCCUAUCGCUAUUUCUACACGGGGAACUCUGAAGGAGGAGAGGGACAACCUCACUUUACAGCCACUGCCUAUUUAGAUGACUUUCCUAUUGGCAUUUACACGAGUGCAACAAAGACGUUUCAACUCAGAACCAAAUGGAUCGAAGAGAAAGCGGACCCUGCUCUGUGGAAGAACUAUACCAACAUAUUCCAGGGUUGGGAGGUAGAAUUCAGACGUGGAGUCAAGAAAAUGAUGGAGCACUUCAACCAAACUGAAGGUUUCCAUUCGCUUCAGUGGAUGUAUGGCUGUGAACUGGAUGAUGAUGGUGGCAUAAGAGCAUAUGAUCUGGAUGGGUAUGACGGGAGAGAAUUCAUGGCCUUGGAUUUUAAAAAAGUGAUUCAUAUUUCCUCUCGUCCGGAGACUGAGGUCAUUGCCCAGAAAUGGAACACAGAGACCAUCGAGGCAGAGAAAAUGAAGAAUUACCUGGAAGUGCAGUGCAUUGAAACUCUGAAGAAAUACAUCAGCUAUGGAAAGGAGCACUUAGACAGAAAAGUUGCACCCAAGGUGAAGGUUUUUCAUCAGCAGUCUGCAGGUGUCAUAAAGCUUCACUGCCAGGCGUAUGGAUUUUACCCCCAAUCUAUCAAAGUGAAGUGGUUUAGGAGAGGAGCACAAAAAGUGCGGUCAUUUGAGGUCCCAUUAAUUCUCCCCAACACUGAUUUCACCUAUCAGACUCGUGUGACAAUCACGGUGCCACCGGAGGAGAUGGAUACCUACUUCUGCCAUGUUGAUCAUAGCAGUCUAGAGAAAACACACAUUGUGGUUUGGGAUCCCAGCCAGAACCACCUUUUGUAUGCGUCGCUUGGUGCUAGCAGCAUAUUGCUUCUCAUUCUCACCUUUGUAUUGGGACUGAAGUUGGGUCGGAGAAGGCAAGGGAACAGAACUUCCACUUAUUCUCUCACCCCAGUUACAGAUGGAGACCAACCCCCACCGUCCCCUUCCGUAUGAGUAAUGAGCAAAAUGCCAAUGAGCCGUACCAAACCAACAUGCUGGAAUGGCUCCACUCCACUCUACAUUCCUGUAGAACAGGAAGGACAAAGAAACACAACCUGAGAUGGAUGGAUUCUUCCAAACUGUGACUGCAGUUGGCAAUCUGAUAAGACAGGACAGGACAAAAGAAGAGAGUAGAUGGAGCCACAAAUUCAAAGACUCAUGCACUUUAUUGCUAGUGCAACACACGAUAGAGAACCUUGGCCUGUUACAAUAUGGUUAAUAAUUAUUUUCUUAACUAUUUAUUUCCAAGGCCAAGGGUCUAUCAUGCAACAUUCUAGCUGUUAUGGUAAGACCCCGGCAACCUGUGAGAGGCACAGAGAGUUGAGCCUGACAGAAUGGACGUCCCAUUACCUGUUCUUGAGCAGCCGAGCAGACUCUGGCAAAAACAUGCCUAAUCUGUAUGUGCCAAUCUAUGGUACAGACUAUUGAACGUUCUGUAUAUUACGUUAUUAGCUCAUCUUUUCAGAUGUUUAUGUACUUAAUUGUUUAGACUACCUGACUAGUAUUAACAUUUUAUACUUUGUGUGAUGUAUUUUUAGCAAAUCAAUCCUAGGUCAGUGAAAAAUCAAGUAUCAAGUGGUGCAAUUGUUCAUCCAACACAUUUCUGCUGUUUUCUAUGUCACUUCAACCUGGUUGGGGGUAAUAUAGGGAUAAUAUUAACCAUACUUACUCACAACUUACUCUAGGGUUAGAAGACUGGGCUUGGGAUCCUACUUCACCUGGCCAUUUACAAUAAAUAGUUUGUACAUUGUACAGGUAUGGGACCGUUAUCCAGAAUGCUCUGGGUUUUGCGAAUAACUGAUCUUUCCAUAAUUUUGG